AUGAGCCGGCUGCUGUGCUGCCUGCGCGCGCGCCAACCGGCCAUGGGCGCAGCGCUCUCGCAGCCGCACGACGCGGCGCACUGCGAGCCUGGCAGAGAGCCCGGCGCACCCACGCCAACGAUGGCCGACGUGAUACGCGAGCGAAAGAAGAAGGCUGGCGCUCCGCUGGGCACGUUGCGCCGGCGCAUAGCUGCUGCUGCUCGGCGCCCGCGCGAUUGCCGACCGGAUCGUGGCUGCGAACACGCGCGGUUCAUCCGUUCCGUGGUGAGCACGUGGCGUUUGGCCGAGGUGUUUCUGCUGUGUGAGGAGUUGGAGAGUGGGGCUGCGCUCAGGGACUUGUUGACUCAGGCCGAGUUGGCCAGAGAACCGGCGGCGGCCCUGCACGCGGACCUUGCAGCGCUAUACAGAGACAGAUUGUGGUGUGAUGUGGAGUUGGUUGGGGCAGGGUGGUCCCUCGCAGCACACAGAGUUGUCCUAGCUGCGCGCUGCACUUACUUUAGGGAUCUACUACACCGCUAUCCUAAGUGUGCGCGGGUCCCGCUAGAUGGCGUGUGUUCGGGGCUCCGUCGCGAAGAGUGUGAGGCGGUGCUACUAGCUUUGUACGCGGGAUCCGCCCCUUCAACUCCACCGCCUUGCGAUGCUUGUCGAAAAUGGGAGCGAGGAGUUGGUUCCGAGGUUGACCUGGAUAUCAUCAGUAUAGAGAAUACUUCCACUUACCGUCGUUCGUGCUCUUGUCGUCGCGAGGCCGCCUCCGUGAGACGUCUCGCUGGUCUGCUUGGCUUUUCGUUGGAUUCGCUUCACCGGGACAUGCGCUAUCUACUCGACUCUGGAGAGAUGUGCGACGCGCGCCUCUCAUGGCGGUCUGAGAGCGGUGGCGGGAGCGGGAGCGGAGGAAGCGCCUACGGCUUUAGAAGUGCAUUGGAGUUGCCAUGCCACACCAUAAUCCUCGCUGCUAGAUCGAGAUUUUUUAGAUAUGGAAACCUUGUUAUCUCCGACAUGCAUAUAUCAUAUACAUUACGGAGCGUGAUGUCACGACGAAGUGCGGCGGGCGCGGGCGGUGCAGGCGGCGCGGGCGCCGUGUGCGUAGACGAGAAGGUUCUGCCGCGACGGUUUGCGCAGGCGCUUCUUCACGCAGCUUACACCGAUCAGGUGGAUCUGACUCUCAUCAGCCGAAGUUCUUCAUCACCAUCAUCGACAAGCAGCAGUGUUAGUGGGACCAAUACUCGAGGCUCGCGCGGCUCAGCCACCAUGCAACUGGACGACGCAUUUCAACUUUACGAGAUAGCCAGAUUCCUAGAAAUGCCAAUAGUGGUUCAGGGCUGCGAGGACGCAAUAGUCUUCGCGCUAAAUGCAGACACCCUGCCACAUGUUCUACGCUGGUGUGCACAGCCUCACGCGAGCCACUGGGUACACAGGCAAGCGAUGCGCUACCUCCGCGAUGAGUUCCCGAGCAUAAUGUCGAGCGCGGCGUCUGCCAAGCUGCCUCGCUCGGCGCUUGCUGAGGUGCUUGCUUCGCCUUUUUUGCAGGCAAGCGAGGCACAGGCGCUGCGGGCUGCGUUGCGCUGGGCGGAGCGGGCUGCAGAUUGUAGAGAUGGCAUGAGUGAGCCGAACGUGGUGUGGCAUACAGCGCACUCGAUAUCGAGACGCGGAGGACGCAGCAGAGCGACGAGACGACGCGAAGUGAACGACGCAGCGGUGCGCGAAGCACUUGCAACCCUAGCGCCACUCAUACGCACCGAACAUCUGCCCCCUGACUGCGAUCUUCUGCAUCAGGCAAUGAGACGUGGCCUAAUCACUGCGCCCGCGCAUCUCGAGAGCGCUUGUUCAGCGGACGCCUGGCUUGGGCGCGGUGCCUUUCGGCCCCCUCGCUGCUUUCUGCCUUACCUGGACGAGAUAAAAGCGCUGUUGGAGGACCAAACGGCGCCUGAGGGCGAAGUAGCGCUCGUGCGGAGGGCGAGGUAUUUGCAUCGGAUACCGGACGCGCUGUAUAUGCUGAGGGAUAUAGCCGGUGAACCGCAGCAAUCCCGCGCAGCUACUGACGGCGUACGCCUUUGCGUGCCUCCGCGUGUGAUGGCGCGAGUCCGGGCGCGGGCCCGCGAGCUGCGAGCGACACCGAACGCUGCGCGAGCGCUCGCAUUACACUCGGACGCCCGGCCCGUGCACAAGCAGAUCGCGUUGCGCGCGGUCCGCGAGAUGGCGCUCCCGGACUCUUGCGCGGAUCUUCUGCUGGACGAACGAGACGCGGAUACGGACAGAGAGGGCGCCGGUGUGUGCGUAAGCGAGAGCGAAGAAGAGGAGGGAAGGUACGCGGCGAGGGGGGCAAUAGACUGCGAUAUCGACUGUUGCAGGUCCAGCACGGGUUCGCUCCGAUGCGGUUCAGCCGGAAGUCUUCGAGCCACGCCCACAUUACAUAUUCCCAUUGAAAACCGGAGCGCUAGUUCGUCUUGCCGCCGCGAGCUGCCGGCGAGACCAACAGAUACACCCCACAGAGCUGUGCCAGGGCGGCUAUCAGCUGCCGUGCCAGACGUGGCGAUGGCUCCGAACGGCAACACGCACCUCCUAACCCCGCACUACCUCUAUACGAGACCGCACCCACACCCUCAGCCGCAAACGCAUCAGCCACGCCCAGAAUACGGCAGCGCAAGCGCAGGCGUCAACGCAAAUGUCGUCCAAUUAGAUCUCGGAGACGGGGCGACGCAUACGCCAAGACCGGGGUCACGAGCGCAACGCGAGCGCGCAGCCCAAAGCAGUAGGCAAUAUAGGGAUCAGACGCUGCAGAGCGCUGGAUGCAGCCGCAGUCGCAGCCGUAGCAGCAGAGCUGACGAGGAGGAGCUCAGGGUGGCGAUAGAACUCUCCUUGAUACGAGCUUACGGGUCGCUGCAAGCUAGCGGGCGUCGUGCGGACUUGUUACCGAACACAGAUUUCUCGGCGCUGCGCAGUCGGGCUUCACCCGGUUUGAGCGCAAUGUGCACUGGGGCAGAGGGAGGCAGUAUGGAGAGGGGCCGUAGCGCCCGCCACCACCUCAGUGUGGCCUCGGGCUCUAUGGCGGCCAGUGUCCCCAGUGGUGGGACUGGCAGUAUGCAGCGCGCUAGAAGCGCGAGGCAUUCACCUCACGCACGUACACUUUCAACAGACACAGUACCGGCAGCGUGGGUGGCGUCUCUUCGGGGGCCUAUUCUCGCGCCAGCUGCAGCCGGUCGCACAGCCCCUCCGCCUCGCACUUCACUUCGUAGCGCGCGCCGCGCCCGGAUGAACGCCGGGUCGACUGACAUUUAUGAUAGGCGAACAUACAAACAGGGAGGGGAGGCCAAUGGCAGCGUCCCCGAGAGUUCGACCAAUUCUCUCGAUUUAUAG